GUCACAAUGCAAAUAAUUCAGACUCCCCACUACUUCAUAACGAUGUGAGGUUUUCUUUUUUUUUCUUCUUUAAUCAUGAAUUUCUCUCCAUAUUCUCCUUCACCUGACGAAGAUAGAAGCACUCGUGUCAAAAAACAAAAACAGCCUUUGCCGGGAUUUAGUUCUUACCAAUCAGGUAAUCCUGAAUCUUUUGCUGAGCAAGGCGUGCUUGGUGUAGGCAGUAGUAGUAGCAGUAGUAAUGUAGUUGAUGGCAAUGGUAUUAGUGGUAGUAGCAACAUAAAUAUCAACAGUGUUCGCGUAAACAAGUAUGAAACAACAGUGCCUAUUCGAGUGGAUAUUGAGGCUGCCCUUUGUUAUCUUUUUGGUCCAAUCACAGGAUUGAUAUUUUUAAUACUGGAAACACAAAAUGAUUAUGUUCGUUUUCAUGCUUGGCAGUCAUCACUUGUAUUUUCCUCACUGCUGUUUAUACAAUUUCUCUUAUUGUUCAUUUCUACCUUUUUAUCUUGGAUCUUGUUCUUUUUCUCUAUUGGAUUUUGGCUUUAUCUGAUGUACCGAGCUUACUUGGACGGCGUGUCAUUAGAAAGAUACCAAGUGCCUUAUUUUGGAGUUAUUGCCUCAGAUUGGGUAGACUCUGAAUAGCCACACAUAUUAAAAAAACGAUACCUUGACAAAACACAUUUAUACUUGUAAUGAAUAUUAUCAUAAUGCAUAUGCUAUAUUGAAAACAUUAUACUUUUUUGCUUUUCAUAAUAAAAAAAGGAAAGAAAAGGGUGGAAAAAGGAAGUGGGAAGGGGGGGCAUAAUCAUUUCAAACUGAUCUUUAAA